UCCAACCGGAAGUGUAGUUUUUGCUCUAGGAACAGCAGCAGUCAGACGUGUGGUGUCACUGUCGGAAAACACAGGGGGUACAAUCAACACCACAGUCCCUUAACACCUGUGCUAAAUCCGGAGGGAAAGAAGCGAAACGACGCCGGUACGUGCUGCUCGGUCCCUGCCUGCCCGGUGACAUGGCUGUCCGAUAUGGGCUGUAGACUCCUGCGGCGGGACUGAAGAGGAUGGGCCCAGUGUCCCAGUGCCUGAGGAGAUGUCUCUGGGUCGGCUCCUGCGGCGUGCCUCCUCCAAGGCCUCCGACCUCCUGACCUUUAACCCCGGGGCGGGGGGCUCAUCGUUACGCUCAGGCCUGGAUGGCGAGAUCAUCUUCUCCAAAAAUAAUGUUUGUGUGCACCCUGCGGAGCCCCUGCCUGGCCUGGCUGAGCACCACCCAGGCUACCUGUGUGUACACGUGGAGAAGGAUGAGAGCCUGGGAACCACUCUGAUUCUGACCUGGGUGCCUAAUUCCCGCAUCCAGAGGCAGGAUGAGGAGGCGCUGCGCUACAUCACGCCCGAGAGCUCCCCUGUACGCAGGAACGCACGCCGCAGAGGCCGACGACCCCACUCCCGUCCUCCAGCGGCCCAGGAGGAAGACGAGGAUGAAGAGAGGAACAUUACCAGCAGCACCUCCACGGAGAGCCACGGCCUGGUGGUGGAGGCCGGAGCGGAUGCAUCCUCACACCAGCAGCAGCUGCCCUUGGCUGGGGAGGAGGUGGACGAGGGCUCCUGUGAGCUGUCGGAUGAAGUGAGCAGGGACAGCACCAUGGGUUCUGACUCGGACACCUUCUCCUCCCCUUUCUGCUUGUCCCCCGUCAGCGAGGCCCUCUGUGAAAGCAGCGGCUCUGUCUUCCUGGACAAUGAAGCCAGAGAGCUGUGCGAGGAGUCCAUGACCCACUCAGCCAGCUCCGCCUCCAGCCUGGACAGCCACGCCCCAUCCGAGAACAGCGGCCAGUCCCAGGGCACGCGGUGGGAGGAGCAGCAGAAGGUGCUGGCUCUGGAGCAGUUGUGCGGAGUUUUCAGGGUGGACCUGGGUCACAUGAGGUCGCUGAGACUCUUCUUCAGUGAUGAGGCAUGCACCAGUGGCCAGCUGGUGAUAGCCAGCAGAGAGAGCCAAUACAAGAUCCUCCACUUCCAUCAUGCUGGCCUGGACAAGCUGGCCGAGGUCUUCCAACAGUGGAAGUGCUGCAGGGAAACUCAGCUCAAAGACCAGGUGUCAAAUGAGAAAUCCUGCAUGCAGUUUUCCAUCCAGAGGCCCACCUUACCGUCAGCGGAGACCCACCCAGAGGAGAAGCUUUAUCGGCGACUGGAUGUCACCACCUGGCUUCGUCAUCUCAACCACAAUGGGCAGGUGGAGGAGGAAUAUAAGCUACGCAAGGCCAUCUUCUUCGGUGGUAUCGACCCAUCCAUCCGUGGUGAGGUGUGGCCCUUCCUGCUGCACUACUACAGCUACGACUCCACCUCCCAGGAGAGGGAGGCCUGGAGGCUGCAGAAACGCACCCACUAUCAUGACAUCCAGCAGAGGAGACUGUCCAUGAGCCCGGAGGAGCACAGUGAGUUCUGGAGGAAGGUCCAGUUCACAGUGGAUAAAGAUGUGGUUAGAACC